GAGGGGGUGAGAGAGAGUGCGAGGAGGAGGAGGGGGUUGAGAGAGUGAGUGUGGGGAGAGGGGUGAGAGAAAGAGGGAGGGAGAGUCCUUAUAGCAAUCCAACGCCUGGAAUUAGGAUGAGUAUUGUUUUGAAGAUUGUUAGUGACAAAAGUGAGACUUAAGAUACAUUAUUACCUAGAAAAGCAGCCUGACAAGCUGGACAUUGAACAAUGAUGGCAAAAGGAACAAAACUCAUGAAUGUCAUAAUUUUGGGCUUCAGCUUUAUGUUAGUUUUCAGCGCCUUUCAAACCUGUGGCAACAUUGAACAAACAGUCAUCAAGAGCAUCAACAGUACCCGGUUUCAAGGAAGUGGAUAUACCAGCUUGGCUAUAAUCUAUACUGUAUUUUCUGCCUCGAAUCUUUUGACUCCAUCAAUUGUUGCUCUUUUGGGAGCUCGACUUUCUAUGUUCAUUUCUGGAUUAGUUUACAGCGCCUAUGCUGCAGUUUUCAUUGAGCCAUUCACUUGGUCAUUUUACUUGUCUUCUGUCGUCAUUGGAAUAGCAGCUGCAGUGAUAUGGACGGCACAAGGCAACUGUUUGACAGUGAACUCCGAUGAAAACACUAUUGGAAGAAACAGUGGUAUAUUUUGGGCUCUCUUACAAUUUAGUCUUUUGUUUGGAAAUCUUUAUAUAUAUCUUGCCUGGAAAGGAGAAAAGCAUAUCUCAGAUCAUAACCGGAGGACCGUUUUUACUGCACUAACUGUAAUUAGUGGAGUGGGAAGUGUCCUAUUUUUACUUAUAAGGAAACCUGCUUCAGAGGUUUUGGCUGCAGAAGAAGACAGAUGUGAUGAUGAGUCUGAUACUGUACUUCAACCUCAAGAACAACGAUCACAAGCAAUAGAUGCAUUUCGAAGUGCAAUCCGUAUAUUCUUCACCAAAGAUAUGCUGCUACUAAGUAUUACUAUUGCUUACACUGGUUUUGAGCUAACCUUUUUCAGUGGGGUCUAUGGAACCUGUUUGGGGGCAACAAAUCGCUUUGGGAAUGAAGCCAAAAGCCUGAUUGGUUUAUCUGGCAUCUUCAUUGGUGUUGGAGAAAUCAUAGGUGGUGCAACUUUUGGUUUAUUGAACAAAUUCCUCAGCAAGUAUCUCGGCAUUGGCAGGAACCCUGUAGUUCUUCUGGGUUUAUUAACUCACAUGAUAGCCUUCUAUCUGAUAUUCUUAAAUGUACCAGGGGAUGCACCAAUUGUUCCUGAUGAAGGGACAAAUAGAGUUUCUUAUUUAAUUCCAAGCAAAAUCAUCGCUAUGGUUUGUAGUUUCCUUCUGGGACUAGGUGACAGCUGUUUUAACACGCAGCUCCUCAGUAUUGUGGGAUUUAUGCAUUCUGAAGAAAGUGCCCCUGCAUUUGCUGUCUUCAAGUUUGUGCAAUCUAUCAGUGCAGCAAUAGCAUUUGGCUACAGUAAUUAUCUACUGCUCGAGUGGCAGCUGCUUAUCCUUGGUGUGGCUGGAUUCUUUGGCGCAAUCUCUUUCGUCCUAGUGGAGUGGAAGGCAGAACUGCAUUCUCGUGGUUUCAGUUAUGAACGCAUUUAAUCAAGAAACCAGCUUUUAUAAGAUGCAAUUGAAUGUAAUUUUUUAAAUCUUAGAUUUAUUCUUAAAUACCAAUUUUGCUAACAUUUUUUGAGAAUUUUAAUUUUGCUGUGUGAAAAUUUUCCGAAAAACAUUGUUCAGACAGAAUAAUGUAGCAGAAAGUUAUAGCUGGAGGGAUUGUAAUGGAGCCAAUAAAAUAAGCUAACCUGAAGCCAGCCACUGGAGGGCUAGUGGAAUUUUUUGCUGAAUAUUUUUGCUGCACAACAUUAAAAUUCUGAACUUCUAGAAAUCUGCUGCACCAACUAAAUCUGAAUGCUCUAAAAUAUUGAACUACUCGGAAUUGAAAUACUGUUUUCAGCAUUUUCCUGGUAAUAUUGCAGAGUGUUAUUUCAGAUCCAAGUUAUCAUUAAUUGCCAAAUCUUAUUGACCCAUUACAAUUAGAUUUCAUUAAAGUAGAACAUGCUA